CUGCGCAAUGAAAGCAUAGUCCGUACAAUAAUGGCCGUCUACAAUAGCAGGGAUGUGAAAGUAUGAUUGAGGCUUUUUUACAAAUGGUUUGAUUCAGCUGAAAUAUGGAUACAAUUGUGCAUUUAAUUUUAUAGGAAAAUAAAUGUGUUUUGAGAUGACGUAGGAAUUAUAGCAUCAAUGGCAGGCAAAAGCAGGGAUUUAGAGAAGUGCUUUGAAGAAUCACAAGAAACAGGCACGCUGAGCAUUGCACGUCGAAAUAUGAAAGAAUUUCCAAAGAGCAUGGAGAACUUUGAUCUAGCAGAUGUUGUACGAGCAGAUCUUUCACAAAACAAGUUUAAUGAGCUGCCACGAGAGCUGAGUGAUUCUUUCAUGUUAGAAUGCUUAAAUUGUGCAUUCAAUUACUUGAAGAGCAUACCUGACCUAAGCCACAUUCAUUCAUUAAAUCAUCUGAAUUUGAGCCACAACCAAAUACCAGUCCUUCCUGUGCAUAUUUGUUCUCUACCUUUAAAAGUUUUAAUAAUGAAUCACAACAAAUUGCAUGCCGUUCCGAGUGAAAUUGGUCUUCUAGGAAAGCUACAGAAGUUGGAUCUUAGUUGUAAUGAAUUAACAAAUCUACCAAGCACAAUGGGCGAAAUGGUGUCAUUGCGAACUUUAAAAGUCAGAAGAAAUCAGCUAAUUUCCUUGCCAGAUGAGGUCAGUAAACUGAAGAAUUUGGUGCAUAUGGAUAUUACAAGCAAUAAGAUUUCGAUAAUUCCACCUGCAUUUCGACUCAUCACUUCGCUUGUUGUUUUCGAACUGAAAGAUAACCCGCUGACGUCACCGCCAGCACAGAUCUGCCUGAAGGGCAGGAUGCACGUGUUCAAGUAUCUUAGUCUGGCUGCCCAACAGCAAGAAAAGACUUGGUCUUUGGAAAGAGAUUCUCGAAGAAUGACAAAGAGAACACCUUCUUCGAGCAGUAUAUCAAGUAACAGCCUUGUUGAAAGCGACCUUAAACUCAAUCACAUUGAUGAAAAUGGAAAGAUGGCUGAUGGUGUUGAUGUUGUUGACAACAGAGACCAAAACCAGAGCGAGGAAAAAGAGGCACUUGCUGAUAAAAGCACUGUAGCACCAAUUGCAACUAAUGCACAUGUAGUCAAGCCCGCGAAACCGCUGGAUUUAAUUGAGCAGGACUUCGGGUUUCUAGAAGCAGACGAAAACCGGCAACUGAACGAUGAGCAGCCAAAAAAGAGCUUUGAGGACACUCGAAAUUUGGAAAGGAGAAUUUUGAAGGAUCACGAGCUUUUGCAGCAGAAAAUGCGACAGCAGGAACGGCCUAAACAAAUAAAACCCAGCAAACCGAAAACUGCGACUUUGAUGCGUAACCAAGAAAAACCGAUGCAAGCAGGACAUAGCACCAUGUCUCUGGAUCGUGCCAGCGUGCGAAAGUACGGGGGCAAAAUGAAAAGCUACAAUAACGACUUAGAAACGCCACAUGAAAACGAAGGGCCAAUAAACGACAUUGCGGAGAGAAAGGAACAGCUUCUCAGACUGAGACAAGAGGCGCUCAUCACCAAACAAAAGCUGGAAAAAAUCAGAUCUGAAUCAGAGUUUAGCCAAGGAAACAUAGAACUUACCCACCCUGCCGAAAUGAGUCCUCGAGCUAGAACUGCUUCGCAUGAAAAUACCAAUUCGACACAGGACCAGCCCAUCUUCGAAGGCAUAAAGAAACGAUCGUCGAUUGGUAAAAACAAAACAGUUAAAGCACUUAAAGAAGGCCACUCCACUUACACAAUGAGACGAAUAUUUGACAGUGCGAAAGAGGAAUUUCAGCAGUUAGAGGAAUUAAGAGAUGCCAUUGAAUCACGCCUGCGCAUCAGUCUUCCAGACGAUCUUCCCGCAGCACUUGCAGAUGGAGUAGUGCUUUGUCAUUUAGUGAACCACGUGCGAAAAAGCACCAUACAGGUUAUUCAUGUACCAAGCGCGGGAAUGCCAAAGUUGACAAUGCCAAAAUGUUCAAUGAAUGUAGAUGCAUUUUUAGAGGGGUGCCGUAAACUGGGCGUUGAAAAGGUAAAUCUUUGCUCGCCUCCGGACAUCUUAGAGGAGAAGAAUCCCAACAAAGUUUGCAAAACGGUGCAAGCGUUGCUGCAUGCAACGUCAGCUACAAAUUUGUGAUAUAAGAUGGCGCCAAAUUUGUUGAUAAUGUUAUACAGACUAAUUUGUAAAAAUUUUGGUUGUAAUUUUUUAACUAGGAAUCGUAGAAAACUGAUAAAUGUAUAACUAAACGGAGGCAAACAGCCGCUCUUUGCCCCUUGGCCACUUGGAGGCUUGGGCAGAAGACCGUUACCUUAUCAUAAUCGUCACCAAGUAGAAUCUGGAAAGUGGUUGUAUUUCAAUGCAAUACAUUUUAUUAUCAUAUGAUUGGGGUAUAUCGGGCCCGUCUUCAAACCACAUGACUAAGGCUUCCCUUGUCAGGCCUUGGGCCAAUGUUCGAAAAUUUGGUCGUAAUGAGCCCAGUGAAGGAGCCGUCAAGGGAUAUUCCUGGACAUAUUUUUUGGUCCGUUCGCUCUAUUUAUAGACAUGUCCUUUCAAUGCCCGUAGUUCUGAUAUUUUAAUUAGAGCUAAACUCUACCAACGCACGGCUGAAAGCUGGUGAGAAACUGACCCCCUUCUUUGAAGCACUGUCCUUAUAGCAUGUUACAUAUGAUAAACCUUCUUGUGCUCAACGCAAAUAAUUUCAUAGAGAUCUUUUGAAUGCCUAUUUCCAAUAAAACUAAUUGCAUUUUACCAACUUUCUCUCCUUUUAAAGCUUCACACUCAUUAGAACUGCACAUUUUCAGUAUACAAAAACUACAGAGUUUGGGUCUACCUCGCUUUCCCUCGUCGUUUAAUAUAAAGAAAGAUGCCAAAUUUAAUCAGAAGUUACCUCAUAAGAAUUGCUUUCCCGGGCCUUUCUCAACAAUCGCGGGGCAGCCAUUUAAUUCCGCCUACCAAACACACACUCAUUUUUUUCUAGUUCAUUCGAUUUUGUUCCAUCGUUAGAAACAGUAUAAAGUUAAGAAUGGGCUAAGACAGGUACUAUAUUUUUCAACUGGAAAGCACUGCAGUUUUAUAGAUUCGCAUGAGUUUCCUUAAUUAUUCUGAAAGCAGUCACACAAACGAUUUAGG